GUUGAAGCCUUGAUCUUACAAUUCGUGCUUCUAAAAAUUGAGCAGCUAUAGACUAUCAACUAGCCAAAUAACAUUUGCGCAAGGAGCCAGCACUUCCGCGGCCGACCUCUAGCUUUCUUCAAGGCUGCGAGUAGGAUUGGCGUGCCCUCGCGGAUUACUACUUACCUGGUACGCUUGGUCGAAUUUGGACCAGACCUUUUUACAUGGGCGCAUAUAGAGUGACAGCACUCGCCUUGCUGCCUCUGGCUCUAGCUAUUGGACAAUUUCCGCAGAUUAUACAUGACGCAGUUCCGACAAUCUUGUUGCAUCUCGCACUAGUGUCUGCGGUGCAUAUCUCGAUGGGUCUGCAGCGCUUGCGUAGGACGUCUAGCCAUUUUCUCUACGAUGUUCUGCUAUGCAUCCCGUGCUUUUACGCAUUAGUAGUUCUCAUGGGAGCACCAUUUACAAGCCAGACGCGUGCAACGCUGACGCUCUCUGUGUCUCUCGCUAUUUUAAGUGCAUGCUCUCGCACGUCAACGAAGACCAGUAUUUGGACUCUGAUCGAAGCGCUUGGGCAUCGUAAGAUGGAGCGAGGCUCCAAGGUUGACCAAAAGCAAAGGGCUGUCAAAAUAUAUGCGCUUGCUUUGACGCUAGGUGCCUACCUGGGCGCGAUACCCAUUCCUCUUGACUGGGACAGAGAUUGGCAACAGUGGCCUAUCACUGUCUACACAGGCGCGUGCUUGGGUCACGCGGUGGGAUGUCUGGCGAGUCUAGUAUUCGUGCGUCGCAGCUGUGCUGACUCCAAUAAAGAUGACAAAUGAAUGUACCUCUCAACAUCGUACACAUUCUACUGUCAGAGCACAACGUCUUCCUGCAAAUAUUCAAGAGCUACCCGGUUGACUUGCUCGUAGCACAGCAUCGUGAUGCAUGUAGCAGGAACUACACGCAAGAAGUUGGGCGCCAGACCACGAUAGAAGCCCAAC